GACCAGCCCUCACACCUACCUGUUGGGCUCCUUUCACUUCGGAAAGAGGAAGUCCAGGAACUAAAUAGCAUUUCCAUUUCCUCAUGCUGCCGGUUUUUCCCACCUGUGCACCGGCUCAAUAAAUAGAGACUCUGCGAGGAUGGAGGCAGGUAAAAGAGAAGCAGAGCCUCUCGUUCACAGUCAGAGAGAGAGACAGAAGAUGGACAUGAAGCAGAUUCUCAUCGUUGGGCUUUGUCUCGUGCCCGUGUGGGCGUGCAAGAUGAACCGGUGCUAUGAUGACAGCGAGCUGGUGGAGGCCGCGCAGAAGAAGCUGAGGAGCCACUACCCGCAGCCUCUGGAGCUUGCAACGCCGCAGCCCGACUCAGAAGCCUCUUGCCCGGUGGCGCUUUUCCCGCAGCAGGCGCCGGAGCACAUCAGAGACAGGUCCCUGUCCCCCUGGAGAUACGUACUUGUAACAAAGAAGGAUCACUUCCCUUCCUCCUAUGUCGAGGCCCAGUGCCUGUGUUCAGGGUGCAUCCUGAUCCAGGGCAACAGGCCCCCAGUGGAGAGCCACAACUACAACUCGUACCCCGUCAUUCAGAGCCGGGUGUUUCUCAAGAAGGAGCUCUGCGGCGACAAGAAGACGUACUAUCUGAAGCCAGUUGCUGUGAAAGUCGCCGUGGGCUGCACCUGCACCAGAGCCAACAGCUACACCUAGAAGAGGUCCAUCCAGACCAGCUGACACGGAGGCCCGCUACAGUUCAUGUGGUGUUGUUUUCAAAUGAGUCUUCUGGAAGUCCAACUUUGGUCCAGCUGAUGGAAGUUUGACUUGGACUGAUGACACAGACCUGGGAUCAUUAAUGAGGCUCUAAAAGUUGAAGUUUAAAAGUUUUUCGAAUCCUAUUUAUUGUCAUAAUUUAUAUAUUUAUAAUGUUUUUGUAGGAUUUGUUUACAGCUCUGCCUAGUGCAGCUAAUGUAAACAUGGUGUUCACCAUGUAUCUUUCCAUAUUGAUGGCCUUGUCAUCAGAGAAAAUAACUAUUGUAUAGUUUAGUAAAAUGAUCAUUUAACCACGUCUGAUAUUUGAAUAUUUAUAUAUUUAUUUGAUCUGUUUUGCAUGUGACAUGUUUGAGCAUUUGAAAUAUCUAGAAUGCUAAUGAGUGGAUGAAGACAACUGUAUUUACCUAUGUUGAAUAUCUUCAAGGUUUUGUCCCAGUGGGACUUAAUACGUCUGAUAAAGACAAAAGGUUCAGCUUUUUUUAAGCCAAAUAAAGAAACAUUAUUUCAA